GCGGACCAUCAUCGGUCCAUCCACAGACAGACGCGGCGACUUCUGUUGGAUCACAUUCUAGAUUUGGGGACUCGACUGUGAUCUGUGAAAGAUGCCGAAAGCUGGCCGUGAGUAAAAAGUUGAGUACAAAGAGAACAUGGAGUGAGCCGUGGGAGAAUGCAUGGAUAGGUGGAGGGAGAGCGGACACGUCUGGAGAG